AAUAUAGGCAGAGACCGCUUCUCCAACAGAAAUCCACGAUCACGGUUGUAGGCGAUGUCAUGGUGACGUUGGCUCGCUAAACUCAUGCGCAGAAAACGUAAUCGGGUCUAACGUUGAGAUACUUUUUGAGGAGAUGGGAAACUUCAUUGGCAUCGUAGUCAAGCACCAUGAGUCGUCAAUGGUGCAUUGUUGGCGAUUCUGGGACAAGGAGGGUGAAUGAGAGUCAAUUGGGUGCUAGCUCAAAAACCCAACAUUAGCAUUAUAAAUAUUUUCCGAGAUAAUUAACAUGUUCUCUGUAAUAUCUUAUAGCUUUUUGAAAUCGUGACGUUGCAGACCAUCGAGGAAAAUAGGUUCUCGACUCAUGCCGCGUUCACGUCCUCGUCGAAACUCUGACAUUUCUGACUUGCUAACUGGUUUAAAACGGCAUGUGUAUAACUACAACCAAUUUACAAGUGGAACAUUUUAGAGUAAUUUAGUUCCGACGUGAACGUGGUAACAUUCCUUGACUUUUAGAAGGGAUUGCGUGACGAUUAUCUUAGCAACCGUUUGACGCAGCAUGACGACAGAGUGUUGUACGUUUCUCCAUUUAUUUCCCGGUGUGAUUGUUGUCUCUUCCUCUAUUAUCUCGGUCGAACUGUGCACGUGUGCAGGCCGUCAAAUCAAAAGCCACUCCUUCGAUAUAAAGUUGUUUUUGACGGAAAUGAAAACGUGUGAGUUUGUCACUAACGAGGUUAGAGUAAUAAUAUGUUAAACUACUUAAGACGUUGGCUCGAAUCUAGGUUGUGCGUUUAGAUUUGGAGAACAUUUACAUCUAAGAAAAAAAAAAGUGAACUUCUCUCACUAACGUGUUGAAACCCAAACCCCGGCGGAGUCUGCUUGGUCUGGUUCCGAAACGUUCUCGGAAGUGUCGCGCCUCUGGGUUUAGAAACUCUUUGACGGGACCAAAGACAAGACCGUGGAAACUACCGGCAGCGACUUCACUGCCUGAGUGUUGACGAAAUGGACUGCUCAAAUCUAACGAACGUACGCACAGAGUCCAACGAUUACCAGAACAGCCAUAAAGACCCAGACCAGCACCACAGCACAGAGGAGACAGAGGAUGAGCCCUUGCUUCGAAACAACCCCAGGCGUUUUGUCAUCUUCCCAAUCCAGUACCCUGACAUCUGGAGGAUGUACAAACAGGCCCAGGCCUCCUUCUGGACCGUGGAAGAGGUGGAUCUAUCUAAGGAUCUGGCACACUGGGACAACCUGAAGCCUGAUGAGAAACACUUCAUCUCUCACAUCUUAGCAUUCUUCGCUGCCAGCGACGGCAUCGUCAGCGAGAACCUUGUCCAGAGGUUUAGUCAGGAGGUGCAGCUUCCAGAGGCCCGCUCCUUCUAUGGCUUCCAGAUCCUCAUAGAGAACGUCCACUCUGAGAUGUAUGGCAUGCUUAUCAAUACUUACAUCAGGGACUCUAAGGAGAGGGAACAUUUGUUCAAUGCCAUUCAGACUAUGCCGUGUGUGAGAAGGAAAGCAGACUGGGCGAUCCAGUGGAUCACUGACACCAAAUCCACUUUUGGGGAACGGAUCGUAGCAUUCGCUGCAGUGGAGGGCAUCUUCUUCUCAGGGUCGUUUGCUGCUAUUUACUGGUUGAAGAAGAGAGGCCUGAUGCCGGGGCUCACCUACUCCAAUGAGCUCAUCAGCAGAGACGAGGGCCUGCACUGUAACUUCGCCUGUCUGUUGUACAGCUACAUAGUGAAGAGACCGUCAGAGGACCGGGUAAAGGACAUUAUCACCAAAGCUGUCAGCAUUGAGCAGGAGUUUCUGACGGAGGCCUUACCUGUGGAUCUCAUUGGGAUGAACGGUGUACUGAUGAAGCGGUACAUUGAGUUUGUGGCAGAUCGUUUGCUCCUAGACCUGGGAUUGGCCAAGGUUUAUCUGGCAGAAAACCCCUUCGACUUCAUGGAGUCCAUCUCACUGGAAGGGAAAACCAACUUCUUUGAGAAGCGUGUGGCUGAGUACCAGAGGUCUGGAGUGAUGUCGAACACCUUGGACCGUGGCUUCACCCUGGAUGCAGACUUCUAGUUGGAACACACAGAAGAAAAGGAGGAGGUACUCCACAACAACAACAGAUGCUAUUGGAGGGAAUCCGGAUUGAAAAGCCAAAGGAAAAAUGAUAUAACCACAUAGGUGCUGAGUAGCAUAAAGAAAUCCAAGUUCAGGUACUUGUGUGGGUCUGAAAGUUAAAAAGCCCAAACAUUGUCACAUUAUUACACUAUUGAGCUGUAUAUUUCAUUUAUAUUUGUUGUAUUUUAUCUUGAUAAAACAAGGACCUCACACUGACAAUGGCAGUAAUACCAGUGACCGCAAUGCAAAGAUUUUAAUAAGGAAUAAUUUAUAAAUACCUUUUUGUUUGUUUUUAAUAAAAUUAAUACUGCUCAUA